CUGAACUCCUUGAAGAGGGGAGUCAUCUCAUGAGGUGUAUUGCACACCGAUUGUAUAUAACCAUACCUUUCAGACUUAGCCGCUUAUUUACCAAAAUCUAUCAAUAUCCUGAAGUUCAUGUAGUGCAGUUUUUGUGGGUCCUUAUGUGAUUUUUUCCAAUUGGAUUAACAUGUGGUCGAGACAGAUAUUUGUUGCAAUCCUAUGCACUUUUGUGGUAUGGCAACAAGUUGCUGCUGUAGUCAACAAUAAUCCAUCAUCAGUAGAAAAAUCAAGCCCAGUACCUGCCGAUAAUCCGGAAGAGAGUAAAGAAAAAGUAGAAGAUGAUACACAAGCUGCAGCGACAGAAGACAAAGGAAAUAGAAGGGAGGCGACUCUAGGUGAUACAUAUGGAGCACCAGUCCCUGUACCACUUGAUUCUUAUUUACCAGCUGAACCUAGCAAUACCAAUUUUCCAGUACCGGUAUAUGGAGUACCGGAAUCUCAAUCUAAUAGUAUAGUUUAUCCGGAACCGCCUCCUGAUAUACCUCCAGCAAUUUCCGUACCCUCUUCUUCAUAUGGAUUACCAUCCAUAUCUAAUUCUUACGGGCCUCCACAAAAAGUUAAUUUUCUACCACAUGGUAAUUCAUAUGCACCACUCAGCAAUAAUUUUGGACCAUCUAGUAAUACUUAUGGACCACCUAGAACCCAAUCGUUUGGACCGCCUAGUAAUACGUAUGGACCUCCAAAAUUUUUAGGACCUGUACGAAAGCCUGUCUAUGGACCGCCUCGUUCACAGUAUGGCCCACCUGGUAAACCAGUACCAAGUAAUAAGUAUGGAUUUAAGCCACCGUACAAAAAUAAUUUUGGAUUUGGUAGCGGUAAAUUCUCAAAUAAACCACUUUCAACAUAUGGUCCUCCAGUAGGUUAUUUUAAAGAUAAUUAUAGUCCUAUUAAAUUCACUUCAAAUUUCAAUUCAAAUAAUUUUCAAUCUCAUGACGAUUCAUUCGGCCAAUUUGGAUCCGGAGGAGUGAAUAAUAAAUAUGGACCUCCAACUUUUGACUUAGGAGGUGGUAAAGGAAUUUCUAGUCAGUAUGGGGUUCCUGAUAUAAAUUUUUCAAAUCAAGGUGGAGGUAAUUUAAUUUCUUCUCAAUAUGGACCUCCAAAUAAUAACAUACUUGGUUCUCCUAAGCCUCAGUAUGGGCCUCCCCAGGCUCAAUAUGGACCUCCCCAGGCUCAGUAUGGACCUCCCCAGGCUCAGUAUGGACCUCCCCAGGCCCAGUAUGGACCUCCCCAGUCCCAGUAUGGGCCUCCCCAGCCAUCACCACAUCCUAGACCACCACAUCCUGGUGCUCCUGCACCACCUACUCCUCCAGAUAUUAAAUACGAUGGUUGGCAACCGAUACCUGGACUAAUAUCAAGAGUACCUUCUCCUGAGUAUGGUGUACCUUCUGGAAAUCAUCAACAUGUUGAAGGUGGCGAUCUUAGUUAUAAUAAAGAUUUAUCACCCCCACCUUUAGAUGGCAGACAUACCGAACAUCAGUCUAACAGUGAUGGUUCUUUAGCUAAUCUUGAAUUAGAGAAUUCUUACGGACCACCACAACCACCACAAAAGGCAGUGAGUGACUCAUAUGGCGCUCCUCUCAAUACAGUUACAGGAUCAGGAGGAAUAGUGAGUACGUCUGGAGAGGAGGCACAUGGACAUCGUAACAACCAUAAUGAACAUAAUCACCAUGUUGGCUUGAAUAAUGAACAUAAUCACCAUGUUGGCUUGAAUAAUGAACACAAUCACCAUGUUGGCUUAAAUAUUGGUUUAUCAACAGUUGGAAUAUCAGGACAAAAUGUGGACGCUAUAAAAAGUAUAGGUUAUGAAAUUUUCCCUGGCGGAUCUUCUUCUUAUCCAGGAGGGCAGCCUUCUAAUACAUAUGGAGCUCCACCUACCAAUUCUUAUGCAUCAUCACAUUCCUAUAGUAAUGUUAACUUUGGAUCAUCACAUUCUCAUAACUCGUUCAAUUCGCAUAAGACUCUUGGACAUAAAGGUUUCUCAUCUAAUUCAGGGAUAGGGUUAAUUCCUCCAAGUGGAAUAUAUGGAGCACCUAGUGGAUCAUACGGAACACCAUUGUUUUCUAAAGGUCCUUCCUCUUAUCUACCACCUAAGCCUUCUAAAGGUUUUGGUCAUCAUGGCCCAUCAAACCUAUUUGGUCCAAGUUCACAUUCAUCUGUGUCAUUCCAAAAUGUUAAUCAUGGAUCAUCAAGCUAUAACAAUAUUGGAUCCUCGUCAGGUUAUACCAGUUACAAUGCUCCUCUUAAUAUUGUUGAUGGUUCGUAUAAUAUACCUCAAGGAUCUCAGUUAGGUAGUAAUCUAGUCAGUUUGGAUUACAGCCAUCCAGGUUUAACAAUAGACCUGACCCAAAGUCACGGACAAACAAAUAAUUUUGCUAAUGCACCACACGAUUGCAAAUCUCAGUCUUUGCCAUCUCUUUCAUAUGGAGUACCUUCUGUAAACAGCUACACAGCAGCACUAUCUUCACUUACUACGAAUAUAGGACAUAGCGGAAGUGCCAUUUCAGGCUCUUAUGGUGUUCCAGAAUCCUUACCUAUUCCACAACAUCAAAUUGGAGUAGAACCUAAACCCCAUGAAACCUAUGGUGUUCCAGAUUUAACGGUUUCUCAUAGUCAGAAAGUAAGUUCGGAGGUGAAAGCUAAUUCUAUUGAAACGGAUACACUGAAUUCUGAAGGUAAAACUUAUGGUAAAUCAGUAGCUGCAAACUUUGGUCCCAGCAGCGAGUUGGUACAAUCCCAAAGUAUUGAUUUCAGUAAUAUUCCCCUACAAGGAGCACUAGGAUCAUACACUCUACAAAUACAAUCAGCCGAAGGAGGUCAGUCGCAAGUACCACAUGGGCAGGUCUUAAAUGAUGGUCUACUUCAAUCUAUACUAGCUGCUAUUGAGCAACCAAAAGGAUCAGCUUCAGGUCAACCCAUAAUACAAUUUCAGAAAAGUUUAGAACAACAGAACUUUGUAACAAAUGAUACAAUUUCUUCGGUUGUAGAGCAAUUGACUGAUGCUGAAAUUAGACAUUCAACACAGUUGGCUAGAGAUGAGAUACUGAAAACGUCUGAAGUAAAAGAUUCUGAAAUUAAUUAUCCUCCCAUGAAUGGCGAUGUAAAUAUAGCCUAUUCUUCUCCUAGUAGUGACGUUCAAAUUCAGUAUUCUCCAUCCUCGAGUGAUCAAGAUAUUCAGUAUUCUCCGUCCUCGAGUGAUGAAACUAUUCAGUAUUCUUCAUCUUCAAGUGAUCAAGAUACUCAGUAUUCCUCUCCUACUCAAUAUAUAAUAACUGCAUCUGAUGAUGUUAAUGAAGACAAAAACGUCGAAAAUAAUGAAGUAAAUUCAGAAGACUCGGAAACCCCAGUGUUACAAGACAAUGGUAUAGCUUUAUAUUUCAACAACAACCAACGAUUAAAGAAAGAAACUGACGAGAGUGCUACUGGUGAACAAAAAUUUGAAAAAACUAGUGAGCGCAAUGAAUAAAAAAACAAUUUUCAUCUUUUAGACUGUAUAAUUGCUCAAAAAUAUUCGUGAAUUUUUUGGUGUCACUAAAACAACGUAGAACUUGAGUGUUUAGUGUCUUUUUGAAAUUUUAUAAUUCGAUUUCCUCUAUUUAUUUCUUAAUUAAUUAUUUAUUUAUUUU